AUGAAAAAAAUACUCUUUCCACCGUACAUAAAUAGACAUGCCAUUACAGAAGCUGUUUGGGAGGAGGCUCUCAAUAUAUGGAACGCCAAUCUUUCCUUGCUACUCAAAUUACUGGAUAGCGAGUUCGCCAACCAAAUACUAGAAAAUGAAUCUUUAAAGUCAUUUUUAGUGACAUUUUUAAAGACACGGGCCGGUUUUCACGAAUUAGGUGCUGUUAUUGAUAACCAGACGAUAUCAGAAGACGAAGUUGCGCUCGAGAGAAAGGUUAUGCUUGUAAUGUUACGCUUGACUCAACCUCGAAUUUUGGUGCACUCUACGACAGAAGAAACGAGUUUGGCUGCUGCAUUGUAUCAGAGCAAGUUUCUUUCAGUACCGUUACUUUUGGAUUUCUUGGUGAUCUAUGCAAAGUCGAAUUAUACCCAUACACAACGAAUGUUUAAUAAUGCAGUUGAAUUGGCACCGGCUUUGCUCCUUGAUUUUGAAAACUUUUCCGGUGUCAUACUUGAUCAUCUCAAAUCAUUAAAUCAGAGAAUUGAAAGCUUUAAAAUUUCUGUUGGGAGCGCCGCGAACAAUGGCGCUAUGAAUAAUGACGUUGAUCUUCGGACAUAUUUUAUGCAUACAAUUGACGUUGCUAUAUCUUUAGAUUGCCUAUUUUCCGUUUCGAAACCAGUUACAAAUAUUUUCACAAAUCAUCAAGGAAACGACGAAAAUCAAAGCAUUCUGAUGACAAUUAAGCAACUCUACGAGUCCACAAUCCCAGCUAUUUCUGAUCUACUAGACCCAGAGAAUUCAUCGAAAGAGAUCAUGAGAGCGAUAAAUAUAUUAAAACACGCGUUGGUAUCAUUAACAUACCGUACUUUUGACACAUCUUAUUUCAGUCCUUUAGGAUUCACUGCUGAAAUUGGGAAUUCUUUGUUAUUUAUUGCUUCUGAUGAUAAUGAAAAAUUGAUCGAUCAGGAGAAGAUAAAAGAGACCCUUGAUCGCAUGAGUGAUGUUUUAUUCUGGUUAUCUGAACAAUCAAUGUUAGAGAAACCUGUGCUUGCUUUUGUGGAUGCACCGUUACUUUUGGAUUUGGAAAUUGAAUUUAAUUUGAAAAUGAUGCGUGAUAUGGUCCAAGAAACUCCGCCUAAGCAGAAAAGAUCAGAUCGUAUCAAAACCAGUAGAUUGCUUGCAAUGACAAAUGAAGAAUUGAAGGAAAUAAUAAAAACAUCAUCCGCACAAUCAGAUAUUAAGGCAGAGAAAUCAAUUGAUGAAGUGCAACGCGAAUCUUUGAUUUCCCAAGUCAAGGAUGUGUUUCCUGAUCUUGGUGACGGAUUUAUAGAGCAAUGUCUAAUUGCGUUGAAUGAAAAUCCAGAGACCGUGAUUAAUCAUUUAUUGGAGAAUACUCUCCCAGGCGAGCUUGCUAAAUUGGAUCGUUCCUUACCAAG